AUGAUAUUUCUAUCAGAAAAAGAGCAUUAGAUUUGCUAUAUCUAAUAAGUAGAAUUGCUCAAUUAUGCUGAAAAUGGGCAGAUUUACAAAUUAAAGAUAAUUUAGUUUUAAAAAUAGCUAUUCUAUCUGAAAAAUUUGCAGAGAACCUCUAUUGGUACAUUGAUGUAGUUAUCCUAUAUUUAAAUUAUAUUGAUUAUAAAUUCAUCAGGAGAUUUUGUAACUGAAGAUAUUUGGUUUAGAAUCAUUCAAAUUAUUGUAGGAUUCUAAAAAGAAGGAAACUAAGAAUUAUAAAAGUAUGCAGCCACUAAAUUGUUUUCUUAAUUAUCCAUGCCACAUGUUCAUAAAACUUUGAUUUGCAUAGGAGCAUUUAUUAUAAGUGAAUAUUCUUAAAUGCUAGUGGAAUAAAAUAAAGAACCUUAAAAACUAUUCGAUAUUUUUAACAAACAUUAUACAUUUAGUACUGAAAGAAGUAGAUAAAUGUUAUUAAACGACUUUGUAAAGUUAGCGCGCAAAUAUCCAGAAUUAAGAGACUAAGCAAUCAUGAUUUGUCAAAUAGAUGGAGAACACUUUGAUCCAGAUAUUUAAUAAAGAGGAAUUGAGUACUUCUCUUUGUUAAUGGAAGAUGACAAACUCUUAAUUAAAUAGUUGUUAAAAUACCUCCCUAUUCAGAAUAAGUUUAAUAAAAUAAUCCCCUUACAAAGAGAAUUUAUGGAAUGGAUCCUACAUUUUUAAAUCAGGCCAGAAUUUAAGCAAGUCAGGAAAUAGCAAUGGCUGAAUAAAGAUUAUAAAACAAGCCUGAAUAAUUAUAAAAGCAUCUCAGAUCAGUCGCUCUUGAAGGUAUUAAUAUUAUGGUGCCUCCACCUCCAGGAGAAUAACUUAAAGUCUCAGACUAUUAGCAAUUUAAAUUAAAUUAAAGUGUUGCUAACUGCAUAAGUUGGAAAAGUAGUCGACAAACCUGGAGAAUUAGUAGUUUAAUAUAAAUCUGAAAUAAGUGGACAUCUAGGAAAGGUUUCUUUCUAAUUUGAAGGAACUUCUCCAAUAUCUAAUCUAUCUAUACUAGAUUCCUAAACUAAUGGUAUGUUGUACAACAUCUUACCAAUAAAACAAGGAGAUUUUCCUCAAGUAAUGAUGCAAGUUUUAAGCUAUGAUGGGAAUAUGACUUUGCCUAUUUCAUCCAUUUUUUAUGAAUAAAAUGGAUAACAAAAGAAACAUGAAUUCCAUCUACCUAUUUAUACAAAUAAAUUUGUUUAACCUGUUGAUAUGCAACAUGAUAAGUUUACAAAAUUCUUCGAUGAUUUUGCUAACAAUCUAAGCAAUUAGAACUAUUUUAAAUUAGAUACUUUUAUAAGAAACACAACACCUUCUAACAUCCUAAUGACUGAAGUGCUCAGAAAGACAGGAGGACUACUUUCUGUUGGAUUAAAUUUGAAAGCGCAACCAUUUCCCUCUCUUGAAAGUUUACAAAUGAUUUGGGCUUGCGGACAAUUGAUAAUUAAGCCGCCAGAAUAAAAUAAUAUUUUAAAUCUACCAAUAAAGGUUGUCAUAUCCUCUCUUGAUCAAUCAACAGAAUUUUUAAGAAUGGGUAUUAGAUGCGGUGGAAAUGGAGAAAUUGCUAAGAACUAUUUGAAAUUAAUAAUGCUCUAUUUGGGUUGA